GCCAUCUCCGGGUGUAGCCCACCACACCACACUCACUACAACUACUGCUGCUGCACCCUCACUCCAAUUGCUGCUGGUGACACUCAUCAGGCUCUGUGUCCACCUGCAGCGGUGUGAAGUCAUUUGCGUCGCGAUCAGCAGCAUCAGCAUCAUCAUCAGCAGCAUCAGCAGCAGCAUCAUCAUCAGCAGCAGCAGCCACCAAGCAACGGCAUUGUCGUCAGCGGCAUCGUUCCCACCAGGCUCCCAGCUGCCAGCCUAACUCAAAACCAGUGUCCUGCUCGACGCCACGACCAUCCUCCACCUUCCCGUCUCCUCACCUGUCCACCAAGGAGAAACCCUCCGCGCUCCCACACCAUGUCAGAGGGCUCCCCCGAAUCCCCCAAGCGCCACGUGUCCUCCUCCCCGUGCUCUUCGCAGUCCGACUCGGACACCACGGGCCCUCUCCUCCUCGACCACAACUACGGCCACGACAACGACGAGGAGGACGACGACGAAGAUGCCGUGACUUGCCACCGCGUCCACCGCGGCCACCACGCCGUCGUCGGCAUGGACGGCGACCGCAAGUCCCGGCAGGCGUCGGUGCGUGUGCCGAUGUUUGACGGCACCACCGCGGCCGCCGCGGAGAAGAAGAAGAAGAAGAUGGAGCUGGGGGCAGCGGCGGGGGGUGGCGCCGGAGCCCGGGAUGUGGCCGGCGCCGGCAAGGACGCCGGCGUCGGGAGUUCAGUGGAGCGGCAGACGUGGGGCAGGCAGCUCGACUUCCUGAUGUCGUGCGUGGGCUACGCGGUGGGGCUCGGCAACGUGUGGCGCUUCCCCUACCUGUGCUACCGCAACGGCGGAGGGGUGUUCCUCAUCCCCUACUGCCUGACGCUCAUCGCUGCGGGGAUCCCCUGCUUCUUCAUGGAGGUGUCGCUGGGACAGUUCACCAAGCAGGGCGGCAUCGGUGCCUGGGGCAUCGCGCCGAUCUUCAAAGGCCUGGGCUACGCCUCCAUGGUCAUCGUCUUCUACUGCAACUGCUACUACAUUCUGAUCCUCGCCUGGGCGCUUUACUACCUGGCCCACUGCUUCACCAUGGGGCCGUUGCCCUGGGCUACCUGCGGCAACAAGUGGAACACCAAGCUCUGCUCAGACGGCACCUGCCAGUACCCGUCGGCGGACGCCAACGGCACGGAGGGGUCACUCAAUGGGACGGCAGGUCCCGGGUUUCUGAAUGGAACGGCAUGGUCGACGGCGUGGCCAGCGCUGACGAAUGCCACGUCGGAGUCGUCGCUGCUGCUGCCGCUGAACAACGUGUCGGCCCUGGGGCACGCGUGCCCACCGCUCAACGUCGUCACCACCUCGUCCGUCGUGGAGUUCUGGGAGCGUAAGGUGCUGUCCAUGACGACGGGCCUGCACGACUUGGGCUCCGUGCACUGGGAGAUGCUGCUGUGCCUCAUCGCCUCCUGGCUCGUCGUCUAUUUCUGUGUGUGGAAGGGCGUUCGCAGCACGGGAAAGGUCGUGUACUUCACGUCCACGUUCCGCUACCUGAUGCUGAUCGCGCUGUUUGCGCGUGGCGUCACCUUGCCCGGCGCCAUGGGUGGCAUCAAGUACUACCUGCAGGCCGACUGGAAGAAGCUCGCCACGCCACAGGUGUGGCUGGAUGCCGGCACACAGACGUUCUACUCGUACGCGCUUGGUUUCGGAGCCCUGUCCACCCUCGGCAGUUACAACCGCUUCCAUAACAACUGCCUCAGGGACACGUACGUGCUGGCGCUCAUCAACUCUGGCACGAGCCUCUUUGCCGGCUUCGUGGUCUUCUCCAUCCUGGGCUUCAUGGCGCACGAGCAGGGCGUGCCCAUCGACAUGGUCGCAGAGUCCGGUCCUGGGCUGGCAUUCAUCGCGUACCCUCGCGCCGUCACCAUGAUGCCGGUGCCCGUGCUUUGGGCCGUCCUCUUCUUCGUCAUGCUGCUGCUGCUCGGCCUCGACAGCCAGUUCGUGGCGAUCGAGGGGUUCGUGACAGGCAUCUCGGACAUCUUCCCCACGGUGCUGCGAGGCCGCGGGAGGCGCGAGCUCUUCGUCGCCGCCUGCUGCGUCGUCAAGUUCCUCGUCAGCUUUGUCAUGGUCAUGCAGGGAGGAAUCUACAUCUUCCAGCUGUUUGACAACUACGCAGUGAGCGGCUACACCCUGCUGUGGCAGGUCGGGUGGCAGUGCAUCGUGGUGGCGUGGGUCUACGGUAGCUCCCGCUUCAUGGAGGAUGUGGUGCUCAUGAUUGGGUAUCGGCCCAACUGGUGGAUCGGGUGGUGUUGGAAAUUCAUCACUCCCACACUGUGCAUGGGCAUGCUGCUGUUCCAGCUGAUUCAGUACAAGGGCCCCACGUACAACAAGGUGUACGUGUACCCGUGGUGGGGCGAGGCACUGGGCUGGCUGCUCUCCCUCUCCUCCAUGCUGUGCCUGCCCCUCACCCUCCUCUACCUGCUCGUGGCGCGUGGCAAGGGCACGCUGAAGCAGCGCUGGCGCCACCUCACCACGCCGGUGCUGGGCCCCCACGUGGAGCGGCACCGCCGCGCAGCGCUGGCGGCCGCGGGGCCCCCUGACAACGGGGCCCUCGACACCCUCAUCGGGGGGCACCACGCCAAGGGGGGCGCCCCCAACGGCAACGCCAUCGAGCUCGAGAUGCUGAGGGAAAGCAAGAUAAUCUUGACCGGGUGGUUCCAGUAGGUAGCAGCCGGCAUUGUUUGGAAGACUGGGUACAAUAGCGGGGGGGGGGGGGGUCGGCGAUGUUCUUCAUCCCCGGGGUCUGCGAUUGUGUGCGGAGCGACGGUGAUGCAGCCUCUCGGACACCGGAGGAGGAGGAGAGGACUGCUCGGUGACACCGGUAACAUGGAGUAUUUACAAACGAUGACGGCGAUGGGUGGUGGUGGUGGUGGGUGCAUCUGUCUGUCAUCUCCGUCAACCCAUACGGCACCCGGGUCUGUCCCGUGACCUCCUGACACCAGCGAGCCCUCGACACUUCACGUGGCCUCCACGCCGUGGUGAACGGCGGUUGUCGGGGAGGAUGUGGGGUGGGGGGGGCAGCAGGAGGUGGAUGGGUGACAGCAGGAGCCGAUUUUUUUUUUUACACGAAAACCAAAACGUGUGCGGGAGAGAGGAGAACGCGGCGCUCGCGGCGUGAACGCGGCGCGGAGUUGACGGUGGCGACGGCGGCAGCGAUGACUAUUAACGUCGUCGGCUACGAUGGCGUUCGUGCUGUAUAUUACAGUAUAAUACUGUGAGUGCGGCCUUGCGGCUCGCUCUGCAUCUUGACCAGAGCCGGCAUAAUCACGCGGAGCUUUUUUUGAUACGAAAAUGAUCGACGCAAAAAUGUAUGAAUUAAAAUAAAUACAUGAUACAUUAAUAAAAGUCCCACGAUGUGGAGAGAGAGAGA